AUGCGCUCGUCACAAAAGAUCGCACCGCUGCAGAGGCUUGGCCAGGGGGCCGGCAAGGGACAGAGUGAAGUUCUGCGGUGUCCGCUGGCAGAGCUCGACACUGCAGUUUUCGGGUCGACGCAACGAAACAACAUGAGUGAACUGCGAGAGAAGGAGAAGGCCAAAAAGCCCCGAAGGCGCGGUGGGGCAAGUGCCAAUGUGGAGAAAGGCAUCUUUAAGCCGUAUCACUCCGUCAGCGUGCCCAAACAUGCAGAUCUUCUGCACCAUUUUCAAGCCGACAGGCCCAAAACGACAGUCAUGCUGCGGAACAUUCCGAACCGGUACUCUCAGGCAAGCCUUCUGCAAGAAAUCGACCUGGCCGGGUAUCGUGGUACCUACGACUUCUUCUACUUGCCCAUGGACACUCAGAACAGGACAAACGUCGGAUAUGCCUUCAUCAACUUUCUCACAUCGCCCGACCUGGAGCGAUUCAUGGUGGAAUUCGCCGGCUACCUGUUCCAGAACCACUCAAGUCAAAAGGUGGCCAGAGUCUCUUUGGCUCACAUUCAAGGCUUUAUCGAGAACAUACGACAUUGCUCAAACCGUGCUGUGUCUCAAUCGCGAAACAGCCAGUACAGGCCCAUCGUGAUUCACCAGGGCGUUCGAAUGGACAUUUCGGAGGCCUACGAUUUGUUGUGUUCCGUUCAAGCCGGACAGUCAUCCCAGGACGAUUCUGCGAAGGUGCCUCUACCCCCAGGAAGUCUGGCAGUUGCUGAACCACCGGGCCUUUCGGAGAAUCUGCCAUCGAUCUUGCCACACCUGGCAUCUGGGCCCAGCACCAGUGAGGACUACGCGGAGCGCUACUCUGAGGCCAAGAAAGGAUUCGAGGAGGCUGUGUCUAUGCUCCUCAGGUCUUCCUGUUCUGGACGCGAGGCAGAGGCACUCGAACGACCAGAGCUGGAAGACGACGAACGCACGGAAGGAUCUCACAGUCAGCCAGGCUCACCCCGGCGCAUUUUUCAGGGUGUGCCUGGCGCAAAGAACAUCCCAGUGCCGUUCUUCCUCGAGAGCCCUCAAGGCGGAGCCGAAGCCAGCGAUUUGGCAACACCUCGUACAAACAGGACUCUGUUCGUCCACGGGCGAUUCUCGGCUUGA